AACAUGCUUGCUUGUGCGGCGCACGCAGGCUCUCAACCUUUUUCUCAACCACCACCCCGACGAUGAAGGUUGUCGCAGUCGUCUGCGCCGCCCUCGCGUGCGCCUCCUCCGUGCACGCCCAAUACUUCUCCGAGGGGUGGAAGCCCGGCCAGCCCGCCGUGUCCCCAACGCAAGACGGGGCCGCGCCGGCAUUCACGCCUGGGGCAGCCUCACCGGGGACGACGGGCAGUGGGGGCUUCGACCUCAGCAAGCUCUUCACGAGCGGACCCGUAGGCUCGCUGCUCGCCAAGGCUGGUGUGAACCUGUCUGCGGCCAUGAACACGUCUGUAGACCUCUGGGACAUGAGGAUUCCACUCAUCCACGACGACAACUACGACGAGCUCAUCGUGCACGAGCCGCUCACGCCCGAAGAGGAAUUAAACCGAACGUGGUUCCUCGUGAUAUCGACGACAGCCGGCGGACAGCACCAGGGUGGUAUCUCCAAGCUGGUAGACAAUCAGUUCGACGUGGCGUACAACGAGACAAUCAUCGCCGAUGACCUUCCAGAUGUCCGGUGGGGGCGCAUCGACUACAUGAAUGUGACAUACCUCACCACUAAGUGGAAUGUUUGGCGAGGCCCUUGGCUUGUCGUAGCGCGCGAUCGCGGCCAGACGCUACGCUUCUACAAGGGUAACAGCGUCCGACUGAACUCAACCAUCAUUCGCAACUUCCUGAAGGAAGAGCUCUGGCAGCACCAGGAGCCGUGGAACUCGGCCUUCGCGCCUGGCGGCAGUCGAGAAAUAGUCAUGCACUAUUGGGCAUUCGCCCAGCGCACUGUCUACGAUUACACCGUGCGCAUUCCGAAGUUCCUGCUCAUGAUCAUUGCCGGCGGGCUCGGUAGCGUCGUUAUGCGUCUUCUACACCGCCCGCCGUCCGAGCAGCCCAAGCCUGCCACGAAGCCCACCGCGAAGUCUCGGCCAGCUGCCGUCCCUGGAGCACCAGCACCUGCAGCGACUAGCACGACGCCAGCAAGCAGUCCAAAGAAGACGCCGUCGAAGAAGAAAGGUGGCAGGAAGUAGCAGACCGGUGUAGCUUACUGUUUAUACGUUCCCUGAAUCGGCUAGGGCCUGCAAGGAUCUCGGAUAAGCGAAGUCCAGAGAGAAAGUUGUGGUUAUGCAUAUCGCUGUGACAUUGAGCGGCGAGCGGUGUGGUGCGCAUUAAAACGAGUAUUCUAGGCUAUCGACAACGACAGUUAUGUUCCAGUUGAGGAUAGCUAUCUGCCUACUCCUUCCAAGGAUAAUCAAACUUGGGCUGGUCCUUCCGCCUCCAGAGCUUCUUCUUCUUCUUGGUAGGCACAUGCUCGGCAAAGACAUCGACACAGUACUUUGCCUUAAACUCGCGGAUGAAGCGCGGAUCCCAGAGAUCGCUCGCGAUACCAAGGUCCUUGCAGCAGCGCAUUAGUGCGUUGCUCUUCGCAGCCUCUGUUGCGGUCGGGAUGCCGUUUUGGUCAAAAUAUUCUUGCUCGCCGCGCGCAACCGCAACUAGCCGGCCGAGACACACGAGCGCAAACUCUCUACUAACGAUCUUCGGUCCUACAUUCGUCUCGCUGCGCGGUGCGAGCCCCCAGCCUCCUGGUCCAAACGCUUUGUUAAGUACUCGGCGGUACUUGAUCUCGGGGAGGUAUAGAAGGCCGUCGGGUUUAACCUCCACAUCCAACGGGUCAAUGGGAGCAAGCAGCACAUCGGCCGCCUCCUUCGGGAAUGGCGCUGCCGACAACCCAUGGUAGCUUUUAGACCAGUCCGUGCCUGGCAUCUCAGGAAGCGGCGCCGUGCCAUUGCCGUUUGCUGAAGCGAACGGGUCGAUCCCGCCCUCAGAGACUGGCGUCGCUGUAGACGACGACGACGACGACGACGAGGGGGUGCCCUCAGCGAGGCCAGCGAGGUCAUCAAGCGCUUCAGCCUCAGUCGCGGUGCUAGCGUACGCGGCGGGCGGCGUGGUACGCAACACUCGAGGCUUCACCGCUGCCGCUGGUGCCGUCGUCGUUGUGCGCGGCGGCCACGAGGCGGUAGUCACCGUUCGGACUGUCGAGCGUGCCGCCAAUGUCGUGUGCAGUCUCGCGGAGGCGAGACUGCGUUGAACGAGGCGGUAUGCCAUGCUGGAGUCGGACGUGC